GGCGACUGAGGCGCUGUGGGGCUGGGGAGUUUAGCGCGGGCCCGGCCUUCGGGGGGACUCGCUUCUCGGACAGUCGUUGUUACCGCGAGUUUCCUCCUCCUCGCCGCAUCCCCUGGUGAUGUACGGAGGGGUCGGAGGCUCUCGACGGACUGCAGAAGAGUCAGGCCCACCGCCCCUAAUGUUGUUGUCAGGCGGGGGAGCGGUCCCCGGCCCCCCCGGAGGAGGUGGAGGAGGAGGUGGAGGUGGGAAUAGCCGUGUGGAGCUGCUGGUGUUCGGCUAUGCCUGCAAGCUGUUCCGAGAUGAUGAGAAGGCUCAGUACCAGGAGCAGGGGCGACACCUUAUUCCUUGGAUGGGAGACCCCAAGAUCAUGAUCGAUAGGUAUGAUGGGCGUGGUCACCUGCAUGACCUUUCUGAAUAUGAUGCCGAAUAUUCCACGUGGAACAGAGAUUAUCAAUUGUCUGAAGAGGAAGCUAGAAUAGAAGCCCUCUGUGAUGAAGAGAGGUAUUUAGCCUUGCAUACGGACUUGCUUGAGGAGGAGGCGAGGCAAGAGGAGGAAUACAAAAGACUGAGUGAAGCCUUGGCAGAGGAUGGUACCUACAAUGCAGUGGGAUUCCGUUAUGGCAGUGAUUAUUAUGACCCUUCAGAACCCACUGAGGAGGAGGAGCAUCAGCCUGCCAAACAAAGAGAAACAGCUCAGACAGAAAAUGUAGAGGAAAAUGAAGAACCUUUUGUUGCGCCUCCAGGACUGAAUGUACCUUCUGAUGUGGAACUGCCACCAACAGCAAAAAUGCAUGCGAUUAUAGAACGGACUGCAAACUUUGUCUGCAAGCAGGGAGCACAGUUUGAGAUCAUGCUAAAAGCCAAACAAGCACGCAACUCCCAGUUUGACUUCUUGCGAUUUGAUCACUACCUCAACCCCUACUACAAAUUCAUUCAGAAGGCCAUGAAGGAGGGACGAUACGCUGCUCCUUCGGAGAGUAAAGCGGACGAGAAAAAACGUAAAGUCAAAUCUGAAGAAGAUGAUGAUGAUGAUGACGAUGAUGAUGGAAAUUAUCUGCACCCGAGUCUCUUUGCAUCUAAAAAAUGCAGUAGGCUUGAAGAACUCAUGAAGCCUUUGAAGGUGGUAGACCCUGAUCAUCCACUUGCAGCACUGGUGCGCAAAGCACAAUCAGAUAAUAACUCAUCUACACCACAGUCAACAGAUGGGGCAGCUGUACAAACAUCACAAGCAGAAUAUUCUUCUGAUUCUACUGUGGCAGCCAUGUAUUAUAGUUACUACAUGCUACCUGAUGGAACCUAUUGCCUCGCUCCUCCACCUCCGGGCAUAGAUGUUGCCACGUACUACAGUGCAUUGCCUGCAGGGGUGACUGUAUCAAGCACGACAGGGGUAGCAACAGUACCUCCGCCCCCUGGUACUACACCCCCACCUCCCCCAGAAACAACUGAUAGCAGCAGUGGGUUAACUUCUACCACAACAUCUACAAGCACAAUUGCUCCAGUGGUUGCCAUUAUACCUCCACCCCCAGAUAUCCAACCUGUUAUUGACAAACUGGCUGAGUAUGUUGCUAGGAAUGGGAUAAAAUUCGAAACUAGUGUUCGUGCCAAGAAUGAUCUCAGAUUUGAGUUCCUACAGCCAUGGCACCAGUAUAAUGCUUAUUAUGAAUUUAAAAAACAGUUCUUCCUUCAAAAAGAGAAAAGUGACAACAGCCAGGGAGUACCUUCAUCUGAAGAUGUUCCAUCAGAUACCACUGGUGAUACACAAAGCGAGACUCAGUUUGCAGAUGAACAUGCACCUGAAGAUGGAUCUGAGCCAAGUGCUAAGGGAGUUCUGGGAACUAAAAAGGAUGUUCCUGCUUCUAAAGCUGUUAGUGAUGGCAAACUGGUGAAAGCAUCAUUUGCUCCAAUAAGCUUUGCAAUCAAGGCCAAAGAAAAUGACCUUCUUCCUUUGGAGAAAAACCGUGUGAAAUUAGAUGAUGACAGUGAUGAGGAGGAAGAAGAGGGCAAGGAAGGCCAAGAGAAUGCUAGUAGUGCUUCAAACCACACUCCAGCUGUUGCUGCUCCUUGUCCUGCUGCUGAAGAGAAAAAACCUCAACUUACGCAGGAAGAGUUGGAAGCUAAACAAGCAAAGCAGAAACUAGAGGAUAGAUUAGCAGCUGCAGCAAGAGAGAAGCUUGCACAGGCCUCCAAAGAAUCAAAAGAAAAGCAGCUACAAGCAGAGCGCAAAAGGAAAGCUGCGCUGUUCUUGCAGACCCUGAAAAACCCUCUGGCAGAGGCAGAAGCGGAGAAAGUGGAAGAUAAUUCCUUCAGUAACGAGAGUGUCAAUAGUAUACCAAUUCCUGUGACUGCAGUCAGAACUUUACCCACCUUAGAAGUUAAACAAGCAGAAAGGCCUCCAAGCAAAAGCAAAGAGCCUCCUAGGGAUGAAGAAAAAGAAAAGAAAAGAAAAAAACACAAGAAAAGAUCUCGGUCAAGAUCUCGAUCACCAUUCAAGUAUCAUUCAUCAUCUAAGUCCAGAUCUAGAUCACAUUCAAAAGCAAAGCACUCACUUCCCACUGCUUAUAGAACUGUCAGGCAUUCAAGACUCACAGCAUCCACAGGGACACUGAGCAUGGAGCCGAGUCUGAGCAGCUCAUCAAUGGCAGCAGCAAGAGAGCGGGAAAAUUAUCAGGCAACUUCGACAACGAAAAGAUUUCACUGCUGGAGCUCUUUUGAGGGAAAUCCUGGUAAAAUGUCAAGGUCACGAUCAAGGUCACCUAGGAGAAGGGCUCACACACCGGAGAGGCGGAGAGAUGAAAGAAGUGUUCCAACAGCUUAUCGCAUCAGUAACAGUCCUGGGAACAGCAGGAAACACCCACGGUCCAAAAGUCCUCAUGAAAAGAAGAAGAAGAGGCGGUCUAGAUCACGUACCAAGUCCAAAGCUAGAUCUCCUUCACCAUCCAUGUCACCAGGCAGACCAUCCACACACAAAAAUUCUGUACAUUCAACUAGUGUCUCUCCUGUGGAGAGCAGGGAAUCCAGCCAGGAACGCUCCAGGGGAGUUUCUCAGGAAAAAGAUGGCCAAAUCUCUUCAGCAAUUGUGUCUUCAGUGCAGAGUAAAAUCACUCAGGAUCUUAUGGCCAAAGUGAGAGCAAUGCUUGCAGCUUCCAAAAACCUACAAACUAGUGCCUCCUGAGUCCUGUUGAACUGACCAUCAAGAAAUUGUGUGAAAAAGAAUAAUACUAAAAAAACUGCCUCAUCUCAAAUGUACAGCUGAGCAUAGCUCACUUGGUUCACAGCUCGUCUGAUAUUACCAGAAGUUGAGGAUCUUUCUGCACAGAAGCCUCUCCUUGAGAUUUCAUGAAAUUUUUCAGCCAGAAUAUCUUUGGAAAGUUUUUGGGUUUUGUAAAUUGAUUUUUUGACUAAUUCUUCAGUAACAUUUUAUGAUCAGCGGUGUCUAUGUGUAUAUUUGUAAAUAUCAUGUUUCUGUGAAAGAAGUAUUAAACAAUAAUAAAGAAGGAAACAUCUUUCAUUAGCU